CUUCAAGUAAUUAGCUACAUACUUCUUAGGUAGCCGCAAGCGACAGGCAGGCCUGCGUCACAUUGCUGUCAUAGCACUUCCGCAGCCUUUGGCUUGGCGAUUGCUACCAAAACAUGUCGAGCAAAAAGAAAACUUUAGCGCAGGAGCUUGCCGAACUAUAUAACCCUGCGCCGACAAGAGAACAUGACCCGGAUGCGUUGGACCUUGGCGAUGGUGCCAAGCUUGCAUCCGACGAUGAGUAUGAAGAAGCACAGCGAGCUCCCUCCAGGCGGGCACCGGAGAAGAACAUGCUUCUCCGUGGCGAUAUCGCGCUGGAGGAUGCUGCAUACCGCGGCCGCAAAACAUCUCGUGCUGCGAUGUUUGGAGAGCAGGAGGAGGAAGGGGACAUGAGCGACGAUGACGGGGAUGAUGAAGGCGGGGAUGUGGAUUUGGACCUAGGAGGUGGCAGCGGCGAUGACGGCUCUGACGAUGAGGACGGUGGGGACGCCGGGGCCGACAGGCGUGCGACUCCGGGGUUAGCAGGGCCUAGCGGUCGCAAAGCAGCAGCUGCUGCCAACGGGAAGAAACCAGGCAGCAGCAAAGCUGCGCCAAGUCUCAGCUCAGACGACGGAGAGGACGACGACGAGGACGAUGAUCUUGCCAACGGCUUGCUGCCUUCCGGCUCUGAUGAACCGGGGUCUGACCUGGACCUCGAAGGCGCCGACGGCACAGCUGACGGCACUGACGACUUUGACGAAGACGACGACGUAGACGGCGAUGAUGACAUGGACCAGGGUCAGAAGGGUGGGCGAGGGGACAGCG